GAAAGAAAAAACAAAUCUCUCCUGACACGGGCGUGGGCGUUUAGAAAGGUAUAUCAUGCAGUAAGCGCUGUUCUAAGGUUAACUGACGCAAAGGGUUUCCCCUCCCAAACCCCGAGAUGCCAAACAAUCUUCAUCAGAUCAUCACAAACUCUUCCAUUUCUCCUCCUCCGAUCUCAAAUAUCAACGGCCAAGAUGGUCAAAGUGAUCGACAAUGCCACGGGGUCUGGUACGACGCCUUACUGGUGGUCCCCGCGGUGCUGUUCGUGGUUUACUUGGCGGUGAACGCUAAGAAGAACGUGAACAAGCUGAGAAAUGGAAGGUCGUUGGUUUUGAUUUCCUAUUUUGCCCUUCUUUGGCUCGCCAGUGGACUCAACCUUGCUUGGUGUUCUCUUCAGGCAUGGCAAUGUGCUAGUGGAAAGGAGAUUGCUUGGAAUCUUCUGUCGCUGAUCACCACUUCCGGAUUUCUAUGUUUAGAAUUAAGCCUGGUGGGUUUCUUACUUCAGGAGAGUUAUGCGAAUGGGCUGGAAGCUUUAGCACGUACUUUCACCAUAUCAGGGAUCAUUGUUGGCGUUGAUAUGCUUCUCAAGAUGGACUACAUAUUUAUUGAUCUAAGUGGGAAGGCAAUAUUUAUUUUUGGAUUUGGGGUCCCACUCUUCUUUGAUGUUGUUGGAAGCACUCACCAGAUGAAGUGGGGACUAUGGAUCAUCCAGAAAUUAUUACUUACAACAGUUUAUGGCUUCAUCUUGUUUGUGCCUUUCUCUAAGUGGAGAGAGAAGUUGCCUCCCAGACCAGCAUUCUACAACUAUGUAGCUGUGAUGUUUGUUGUUAACGCUAUUUCACUGCUUGCUUGUGGUCUUGCUACUAUUGGAAUAGGCUUUGGCCUUUGGUUUGCAUACCAAAUCUUCUGCAGGCUGUACAAUUUAACAGUUAUCUGCUAUCACUUGCUCUAUCUCCCUUUCCUGUAUGUAACUUUUCUAGCAGAUUUUUUCCAGGAGGAAGAUUUUCUUUUGGAUAAUGCAUAUUACUCUGAGAUGAAAGAUGCUGGAUUCUUUGAUGCUGAUUGGGAUUAGUGCAUAAAACUCUGCUUUGAAAUGUUUGUACACUUGCUAAGGGCAUUGGUUGCAUACUUUGUAAAUAUAAAUUAACUUAAAGGCAACAUACUUUUAAGUUGAGUGAUUCUAUAUGAAAUCGUAAUCUUCUCCUUGAAUCCUCAACA